ACAAGUGAUGGAGCAACAGCAACAGCGCCAGGAAUCCCUGGAAAGAAGAACCUCUACCACAGGCACGUAUCAAACCAAGCAGCCCCAGCCGCCUCCUCCUGCCUGCAGGGACUGCAGUGCUCCUGCCACUGGUGCUGGGCCUUCCCCUCCACUGCAUGCCAGCGCUACCUCUUCGGCAUCUGCUGUCUCCAGUCCCCCACGUGCUCCCACCAUCCUGCCUGUGAUUCCUGUCCUGCCUGACAGGGUGAAGGGACCCACGGAUAAAGCAGGCCAGGAGAGCUCAGCAGACGUCCUUCUGAAUGGCCAUCCUGAAGGACAAAUUGCGUUAGGCCCCUCUGGGACCCUGGUGAAAAGCAUGGAUGGGUCCUUCUUUCCACACUUAGGAGCUGCACCCUCCUCCCUGCUGCCCACCGUCGCCAGCCCCCCUAGCUCCUUUGGCCAGGCUCCCUCCCCAUCCUCCCAUCCAUCAUCUCGUCCUCCACAGCAGUGGUGUCAGCCCAUGUCACACUGUCUUCCAUUGCCUCCCCCGUACGCUGCUGUGUCUGAGGUGACGCCCAGGAGGACCCCUCCUUACAUGACUUCAUCAGCCAUUGCCCACUUGA